CCGUCCAUCAGGGCACCGAUCACAGUCGACUAUGGCAUCAGCGUGCGUAUAGCGGCAUCGGCAUUCCUGAAUCGUAGCUGCUGGAUCUCAGACAGUCCGCUCCAUCCAGUCACUAUCGGCGAACGAGUGGCAUUAGGCGUAGGCGUACACAUAUAUGGAGCGCACCCAGUAGUCUACGAGGAACGAACGUGCCGGCAAGGACCGAGUGUGGCAGGACCAGUAGUGAUUGAGGAUGAUGUUCAUAUUGGCAGCUAUGCUGUGAUCAUGCCGGGUGUCACCAUCGGACGAGGGGCCGUAAUCGCAGGCUCCGCCGUAGUAACGAGAAAUGUGCCGGCACACUGUCUCGUUGAUGGAAGCCCCGCGCGUGUCGCCCGAAAGCUGAGA